AUAUAUAACAUACCCACCUUUUCAUCUCCCCAGUCUUCACUUUCCACUUUCAUCUCUAUAUCAACCAUAUAUACACCAGCCUCGUCCACAUACACUCGCCCUUUUUUAUACCCACGUCCAACUCUUUUUCCGUACACGGCCCCAACAGUCGACGCGUGAGACCACAGUAUCACAAACAACCGGCCGAUAUCCUCGCCCUAAUUCAACGCACGAUCAGAAAACCAUGUCUCUUGACAACUAUCAAAAGAUUGAAAAGGUUGGAGAAGGGACCUAUGGUGUGGUGUACAAGGCCAAAGACAUCAACACGGGCCACAUUGUCGCCCUCAAGAAGAUUCGCCUUGAAGCGGAAGAUGAAGGUGUGCCAAGCACAUCUAUCAGAGAAAUCAGUUUGUUGAAAGAGUUGAGCAAGGACGACAACAUUGUAAAGCUGUUGGAUAUUGUGCAUUCCGAAGCAAAGCUUUACCUCGUAUUCGAGUUCCUUGAUAUGGAUUUGAAAAAGUAUAUGGAUACCAUUGGUGAAAAGGACGGUCUCGGUCCCGACAUGGUCAAGAAAUUCUCUUACCAACUCGUCAAAGGUCUCUACUACUGCCACGGCCACCGUAUCCUCCAUCGAGACCUCAAACCUCAAAAUCUGUUGAUCAACAAGUCGGGUGAUCUCAAGAUUGGUGAUUUCGGUUUGGCGAGGGCGUUUGGUAUCCCUCUGCGUACUUAUACUCACGAGGUUGUCACACUGUGGUACCGAGCCCCCGAAGUUCUUCUUGGCUCAAGGCAUUACUCGACUGCUAUUGAUAUGUGGUCCGUUGGAUGUAUCGUCGCCGAAAUGGCCACUCGUCAACCUCUCUUCCCGGGCGACUCUGAGAUUGAUGAAAUCUUUCGAAUUUUCCGAGUUCUCGGUACACCUGACGAAGACGUAUGGCCCGGAGUCAGGGGCUUGCCCGAUUACAAGCCUACCUUUCCUCAAUGGCACCCCGUCGAACUGGCAGAUGUCGUCAAGGGAUUUGAGGCCGAUGGGCUUGACUUGAUUGCCCAGACUUUGGUCUAUGAUCCUGCUCACCGAAUUUCAGCCAAACGCGCACUUCAACACCCUUACUUUGACACGGUCAAUCUCUCCGCCGCAUAAACCCUAGAACAAUUUACCCCCUUUUUUCUAAAAGUCUCUCCGGAAUACUCUUCCUUGCACUUUUUAUCACACAGUAGUUGAUCCAAUCCUUACGAGAAUGAUUCCUUCUUGCUCGUCUUCCUAGACCUGGACGAUAACAAUGUAUGUAUCUUUUGGCUCUA